CAAACACCUCUUACUUUGGCUGUGAGCAGCUGCGUAGGAUUAGUUUCUGCCACCAGACAUAGCAAGUGACGGAAACAGGGAGGGAGUGGCAGAGACAGGGAGAGGCAGAUUGACAAAAGAAUAUAGCACUGACUCUUGCAAGUAGCAUGGACUGGCCAAAAUGUGAGCACCAUGUAUGUGGACAUGUAAGGACUGAACAACUGCUGACUGAAGCCUAAUGGGGUCUGGAGUAAGCCAGAAGGAAUAUCCAGUUGAAGAGAGCCCCCCCCCACCACAGUCCAACACUGAGUCAGAUUCAGCUCACUCCUCUCCACCUCAACCUGCCAUCAUUGUCACAGCUCCAUCACGAGAGGACCUCUAUGCCUUACCAUCCACCAUGACUAUUGCUGAUGCCGUCAAAGAGCGGAGGCCCUCCUCCACUCCCUUCGUAGUGGGGAAAAAAUUUGUGGCCAAUCGAUAACUCAGCAUGUCCUGCAGGAGUAUUCAAAGAUGAACUCAAAAUGGACUGAACAAAUAUCCCGCAGUUGCAAAACCGCAUGGCAGCGUGUUGAUGUAGUCUGCCUGUUCAAACUCCGGGAAAGCACUUUGUUGUCCUGGUGGCACAAACCAAAGCACAAUGGCGGCGCCCGAGUGAGCUACGGCCAGACGAUUUAAAGCCCAAACGGACUCUACUCUUGUCUUCUGAGGCUGCAAACAAGUCGAAAGAAUGGACACCGUGGGAGAGGACGAGCAGGACCCUAUAAAGCUCAAGUCUAUCAAGAACAAUAAAACAUUUACAGUGCCUCGAAGUGACAGGUUUGGGAGCUGCAGAAGCGUUCGAGAGUUCGAGAAAUUUAACCGCAUAGGAGAAGGAACCUACGGCAUUGUGUACCGAGCGCGAGACACCAAGUCAGAUGAGAUUGUAGCAUUGAAGAAGGUGCGGAUGGAUAAAGAGAAAGACGGGAUCCCCAUCAGUAGCCUCAGAGAGAUCACCCUGCUGCUGAGGCUGAGACAUCCCAACAUAGUGGAGCUGAAAGAAGUGGUUGUUGGCAGUCAACUGGAGAGUCUGUUUCUGGUGAUGAGUUACUGCGAACAGGAUCUGGCCAGUCUGCUGGAAAACAUGCAGACACCGUUCUCUGAGGCUCAGGUGAAGUGUAUCAUCCUUCAGUUGCUCAGAGGCUUGGAGUAUCUCCACCACAACUUCAUCAUACAUAGGUCAGUCCCAGCCAUGGCCGUGGGCUGUAUCCUGGCUGAGCUGCUCGCUCACAAGCCCCUGUUGCCCGGGACCUCUGAGAUCCAGCAGGUGGACCUGAUAGUCCAGCUGCUGGGAACACCCAACGCAAACAUCUGGCCGGGUUUUUCUCUGCUGCCCCUCAUCGGUCAGUACAGUCUGAGGAAGCAGCCGUACAACAACCUGAAGAACAAAUUUACAUGGCUGUCUGACGCUGGACACAGACUGCUCAACCUGCUCUUCAUGUACAACCCACAGCGCAGAGCUACUGCCAAAGAUAGUCUGGAGAGUUCUUACUUCAAAGAGAAACCUCUACCCUGUGAGCCAGACCUGAUGCCAACCUUCCCCCACCACCGCAACAAGCGGGCUGCCCCCCCGCUGGAGAGCCACUCAAAACGGAGCAAAGUGUGAAGAACGGGGUGAUGAUGAGACGUUGGACUCAAAGACCACCCUGAGGUGGUGACAUUCUUAGGAAUGGAUGUUGGUUUCGUGGAAUGUGGAGUUUUGACUGGGAUUUUCAGCAAAUGCAAACUCAAUUAGUUUAUCUUGAAACACAGCUGAAGUGAAGAAACUCAGAUAAGCCGGUUGCUGAACUCCUCCUCUGCAGCUCUGUGGAAGAAGGUCUGGCAUUGCGAGACUCUGCGGUGUUGAAUAUAAUGUCACAGAGAUUAUUAACACAUUUGAAAGUGCUGUAAUCACACGUUCUCCACUGGUCUCUGUAGAAAUCUGUUCUGUUGGGUAUAUUUUUAAUAUUUGUAUUGCUGCCAAGGGUUAGGGUUUGGAAAAAAUGAAAGUAAUGAGGACAAAGUUGCCUCGACAAAUAUGCUGAGGCAUUUGUCCUUAGGGUCGAUUAUUUGUCUAUUCUAACUGCUUCUGCUAUUCUGUUAUCAGUCUGGAUCUAAUCAUCAAAAUUAUAAGACCGGAAAGGCGUGACAGUAGGAACCAAACCAACUUGCUUGAGUUCUUCCCACAGUUACACUGGAUCGGCCUUUGACCCAGAGCCUGGUCAGGAUCUCAGGUUU